AUGUCGCCGGUUCCACACCCCCUCUCGGACCUCUCUGUCAAAGAGUCCAACGUUGCGAGAGACGUCGUCUUGAAGCUGCAUCCCGGGACCGUCAUCGACUUUCGGGCAAUCUAUUUGCUGGAGCCAGAAAAGGAACAUGUGCUCGGCUUCUUGAGCCUCGAACACGCGGGCAAGGUGGUGGCCGACACCCCUCGCCCCGUUCGCCUCGCGCAGGUCAAGUACGAUGUCAUUGGAGGCGCCGAGCCCACGCAAUAUCACGAAUCCGUCAUCAAUCUCGCAUUGGCCGAGAGGAUCAAGCACACCGUGGUGGGCCAGGAGCACCAUGCCAGUCUGUCCAUCUUCGAAUUCGAGAGAGUGGUGGAAUGCAUCACAAAGUCGUCGGUCUUCCAGGAGAAGCUCAAGACCAUAGAGCUCCCCGAGGGCUUUGAGCUCGUCGUGGAACCAUGGCCGUACGGAGGGCCAGACGAGGCCGACGGCCAGACUCGAUUCUUCCAAGGCCUCUGCUUCGGCCGGGACACGAGGAGCGGGAACCCCGACUCCAACUUCUACGCCUACCCGCUGCCCUUUAUCCCCGUCGUGGACGCCAGGAAGAUGGAGGUGAUUCGCAUCGACCAGCCGGCGACGGGCGGCAAGGGCGAUCCGCUAAGCGGCGCAUCGCACAAGACGCGCGUCCUGGACCACUGCCGCCCCGCAGAAUACGUGCCCGAGCUCGUUCCGGGCGGCACCAGGAGGGAUCUGAAGCCCCUGGCCGUGGUGCAGCCCGAGGGCGCGAGCUUCGCCGUGUCCGAGACCAACCUCGUCGAGUGGCAGAAGUGGCGGUUCCGCGUCACGUUCAACCCGCGAGAGGGAGCGGUGCUGCACGACAUUCGCUACGACGGCCGCGAUGUCCUGUACAGGCUGAGCAUCAGCGACAUGACGGUGCCGUAUGCCGACCCCAGAGCCCCGUUCCAUCGCAAGCAAGCCUUUGACUUUGGCGACGGUGGGCUGGGAAACUGCGUAAACAACCUGACCCUUGGAUGCGACUGCCUCGGUGUGAUCAAGUACUUUGACGGCCUCCUCACCAACCCCAAUGGCUCGGCCCAAGUGAGCAAGAACGUCAUCUGCCUCCACGAGCAGGACAACGGCAUCAACUGGAAGCACACAAACUGGCGGACUGGCCGCGCGGUCGUGACGCGGCGCCGGGAGCUCGUGGUCCAGUUCAUCAUCACCCUAGCCAACUACGAGUACGUCUUCGCCUUCAAGCUGGACCAGGCGGCGGGCAUCACGGUGGAGGCGCGCGCAACGGGCAUCGUGUCCGUCGUCAACAUCGACCCCGGGAAGACGGCGCCGUGGGGCAACGUAGUCAGCCCGGGGACGCUCGCCCAGAACCACCAGCACAUCUUCUGCGUGCGCAUCGACCCCGCCGUCGACGGGCACCGCAACUCGCUCGUCCAGGAGGAGAGCGUGCCCGUGGCCACGGACCCGGCGACCAACCCGCACGGAAACCUGUACGAGGUGCGGACGUCGGUCGUCAAGACGUCGGCCGGGCUGGACCUCGACCCCUUCAAGAACCGCGUCUUCAAGGUCCAGAACGUGUCAAGCAGGAAUCCCGUCAGCGGCAAGCCGGUCGGGUACAAGAUUGCGACGCCGCCGACGCAGCUGCUGCUGGCUGCGCCCAACAGCGUGCAGUCGAACCGCGCCCGGUUCGCGCGGCACCACGUCUGGGUGACGAGGUACAAGGACGACGAGCUGUACGCCGGGGGCCGGUACACGCUGCAGAGCCGGAACGAGGUGGGCGGUCUGGCCGACGCCGCCGCCCGGGGUGACGACGUCGACGACCAGGACAUUGUGGUGUGGACCGUCUUUGGGCUGACGCACAACCCCAGGGUCGAGGACUGGCCGGUCAUGCCUGUGGAGAUGCUGCAAGUGCACAUUACGCCGUCCGACUUCUUCACGGGCAACCCUGCGCUCGACGUGCCGUCCGGCACGGACAGCGGAUCAAAGCUGGCCGGCGGGGAGUGUUGUAGGACGUCGGAGUAA